AUGAGCCACUAUGCGGCCAACAUCAAACUUCAAAAGGAUCUGACGCACCUUGGCGACAUUCAUCAAGACGAGGGCGAAUUGCUCAAAGCCUAUCUGGCACGAUGGCAAAAGGAGAUCCAAGUCAUUGAAGGGGUCAAGGACCAGACUGCGCUCACAUUUUUCAUCGAGUCACUUCGAUCUGAGAAGCUGUAUACUAAUCUCCGGGAUAAUCGGCCUGCCAUCUAUGCAGAAGCCAUUCACAUGGCCAACAAGCGGGCUAACACCGAGCAGGCGGUCAGGUACAAGAGGCAGCGAGAAACCGGUGAGACCUCCGGGUCUAAACAGGCAAAAGGCGAAGCGAGAGAGAAACACGAGAGGAACCGACCAAGUCAUUUGGAAGGGAAGCGCUCUUUUGAUAGAACCAGUGCCCAUUCCUACCGACCGCCUCGCCCUCACCCGGUACAUGAGGUUCGAGAAGGCGCGCCGCUUCCGCCAACACAACCGGGUGACCACCCUGAAGGAUCAGACCCUAACAAAUCGUCGAAGUACUGUCGUUAUCACAAGUCGUAUACACAUACUACAGAGGAAUGCUUCUAUUUGAAGAAGAUCAUAGAGGAAAUCAUCCAACAAGGUACACCCCCUCCUAAUAAGUGA